UGUCAUGUAGGGUCACUGCGCUGUGCUCCAGCAGCGAGGCCGUGCGGUCUGUCAGGACGCGGCCUGGUCUGCUCUCCGAACACCUGCAUUGUGCUGGAGACAAACUGAAGGAUGCAGGAUCAUCGCAGGCAGCUGGUUUGCAGGACGGCGUUUUAGCAGCACAGUUUCUCAGCUUCCUUUCAACGUGAGAUCUCAUUAACGGUUUCCCGUCUCAUCACUCUUGCACUACUCUCCCUUUAUAGCUACGUGAUAUUCACAACAUGUCGUGCACGCCCACUUUCUCCUUACAAUUGCAUUGUUGUUCCGCCCUCAUGCCGGCAGCAGAGGUAGUCGCAGAGCUGGAUUCCAUGUUUGUGUUGAAGGGAGAGCCGGCGUGGCAGGGCUGACGCUGACGUUUCUGUGUUACUCUUCUCACCUCUGAGUCCAGGGCGGUGCUUUGCAAUAUAAGAUAACACACUAACAAGAUGUGGACUUGUUUGAUGGAUAGUGAGGGGUCAAUGUACCUUUUUAUCCAGAGCAGCAACACUAAAGCCUCAGCACAGUAGGACAUCUUGAGGGUGAGUACUCAAUCUAUUCGUUCAGUGUCCUGCCCAAGGACAUGCAGAUUGGAGGAGCCUGGAAUCGAUCCACUGACCUUCCAAUUAGUGGACGGCUCCUGAGCCACAGCUGUUCUGCUGAAGGUUUCAUCCAGUUGUAUCUGUGCAGCUUGCUGGUCUUUGCUUUUGAUUCCUGACAGGAGGGAUACAAUCUGAAAUAUUACUAGUGAGCUUCUGUGGGUUUUGACAGGAUGGGCACCAAUUGGUAGUUACAUGUUGACCUUCGAAGCAACUCAACUUCCAAUCCAUGACAUAACGAAGCCGCUGGUAUGCUCCAACCUGUUUGAUGGUCGAACUUGACAUGCCUCCCCUCGCACCUUUCUAAUGAUGCAAGUGGGCUCGUCUGACAGUUUCUGCAGCUUCAGAAACCUAAUGUGUUCCCAUGUCAGGCAGAUGUGAGGACAUGGGAAAGUAAGAAGGGUUUGCACUUCUCCCUCUUGUUCUCUAGUUUCUAAUUCCAUUAUUCCUGACACUGUUUGCUUCAUUGCAUGUACAAAUAAGUGCAACAACAUAAAUGCCUUUGAGGAGAGAUUGUGUGGAAGGGUGCACAUUUCUCAACAUUUGAACAAUUGUCCUGUUUAAACACCGUCUGGCAAUAUAUAGAGGCAUCUCUGUGGGAAAGGUGCUCCACCUUUCACUCCAUACCUUUCCCCUGGUCAUCCCCCAGGGAUGAAAGCUCUCCUCUUUUAUGGAUGAAUUUUCUUGUGUCAUUUAAUUGUAGUUUAAACAUGGAUACCCUUAGGCUGUGCAAAUUUAUCUCAUAUACUGAUGGAUCAUUUCAUAUCUAGAUAACAAUACCUUUACUUUAACCUAACCUAACCUUUGUAUUUGCAUAGUAUGGUUUUCAUGUCCAUGUAGACUUUUCACACCCCUCAUUUAGGUACACAAAGCCAGUGCUUUGAGGGGUGGCAGUAGCAGGAGGUGCACAGCAAUUUAUUAUUGUAAUGAUAAAUAACAUUUAACUACAGUUAUAUCUGUAUCUAUUUCUUAAAUUUUGUUUUACAAAGUUAGGAAAGCAAUGUUUAAGUCAAGGCUGAUGUUGCCUUACACAUAAAUCUGAAGAGAGAAACUUCCCACGUUCAGAAGAUGGAUGUGAAAACAGCCUUUAGUGUCAAACGCUGCACAUAAUUCAUUCUGCAGAGUGAAGGUAAAACUUCCAAAUGAACAAGUUAAAACCUCAUCAUUGUCAUAAAGCUGAAAACAGGCUGGUUUCUUUAGCUCAUGAAAAGUUGGCAUUCUUUUCAGACCCUGUGUUUUUACAGAACAGCGUUGAAGACCCGGUUGCUGGGUGUCCACUCUAAGGUGGCAACACAUGUCUUGAAGUGAAACAGUAUCUGCGUGGUUUUAAAGUGGCGUGUUGAUGAACGGUGUGUUUCCAGUUGGCGCCUGCCCUCUGCUCUGCUCCGCUGUUGCUCCGGACGGGGCUGGUCCUCGGCCUGGGACUGUGUGGCGAUUGGAGAUUCCAGGCCAGGCCCUGGAGCCUCCCCCCUCUGACACUCUCUCAGCGCUGCACCGCCGGCAUGACUUUCACUGCUCUCCAAGGGCGGGUGGUGCACCUUCAGAAAAAAACAAACAAAUAUGGAGGCCUUAGGAGUGCAAGUGUACAGACCCUGCUCCUUUGACUGUCUCCCGUCGGAGCAGCACGGCUCCUCCAAGCCCCCGCUGAGCUCCUCGGCCAUGACAUCACGCAUCCUGCUGCGGCAACAGCUGAUGCGGGAGCAGCUUCAGGAGCAGGAGCGGCGGGAGCAGCGGAGACAACAGGCCUCCCAGUACGCACAAACCACAGCGUCCCAGACCCCCGCCAUCAACGUCAGCGUGCCCGCCAGUUUGCCGCCUGCUGCACAGGUACCGAUGGAGGUGCUGAAGGUUCAGACUCACCUGGAGAACCCAACCAAAUACCACAUCCAGCGCUCCCAGCAGCAGCAGGUGAAGCAGUACCUGGGGAACCUCGGCUCUCAGGUGUUGAGCUUGCCCUGCCACAACCAGCCCUCUGACCACGGGGGCAUGCCGCCAGGGCCGGGCAACAGUGCCCCCAACAGCCCUAUGGCCUUACUCACCCUGAACUCCAACUGCGAGAAAGAGAUGGAUGAUGUCAUCGAUGACAUUAUUAGUCUGGAGUCCAGUUACAGCGAUGACAUCCUCGGCCUUAUGGACCCGGGACUUCAGAUGGCGAACACAAUCCCCAUGCCGGCUAACCUCAUGGACAUGUAUGGUAAUCAGGGUAUGGCCCAGCAAGGUCUGCCCAUCAGCAACUCCUGCCCUGCCAACCUGCCAAACAUCAAAAGGGAAUACUCUGUUUCACAAUCCCCGGCCAUCAUGCAUAUGCUGGAUAAGUCUGGUUCCUGUGGCAAGUUUGAGAACUACCAGCGGCCUGAAGGUUUCCCCGUGGUAGCGGAAGUACGAGCAAUGGCGAAGGAAAGGCAGAAGAAGGAUAACCACAAUUUGAUUGAGAGAAGACGACGGUUCAACAUAAACGAUCGAAUCAAGGAGUUGGGGACUUUGAUUCCAAAGUCCAACGACCCGGACAUGCGCUGGAACAAAGGAACCAUCCUGAAGGCAUCGGUGGACUACAUCAGGAGGAUGCAGCGAGAGCAGCUGAGGGCAAAGGAGCUGGAGAUUCGGCAGAAGAAGCUUGAACAUGCCAACAGACAUCUGAUGCUGAGGAUACAGGAGUUAGAGAUGCAGGCCCGGGCUCACGGCCUCAGCAUCGUGUCCUCCACCCUCUGCACCGCCGACCUGGGGCCCCGGGGCAUCAAGAUGGAGGCCUCCCUGGAGGACUGCCCCCAGGACCUGUACACGUUCCACCCACACCACCAACACCACCCGGCCUGCACCCCCGAGCCGCCCGGCGCCCUGGAGCUGAGCGAAGGCCACUCCAACUACCCGGACGGCCACUACAGCGUUCAGGGCAAGCCCGGCUCCAAACUCAACGACAUCCUCAUGGAAGACAACCAGUCGCCGGUGAGAGGCGGGGACCCUUUGCUCUCGUCCGUCUCCCCGGACACGUCGAAUCACAGCAGCCGCAAGAGCAGUGUGAGCAUGGAUGAGAACGAGGAGUGCUGUUAGCACCCCCUCCUGGAAGACAGCUCACCUGCAUCUCCAACAACAUCCUCCUGCUGCACAUGUUCCAGUCAGUAGCUCACUCGCUCUCAGCUGCUGGACUCGCUCUCCUCUUUGUCUCAUUUUGGGUUUUCGUUUUUUUUUGUUUUCCUCCCGCCCGUGUUUACAUGCGUUGAAUCUUUUUUCAUUUUGUUAGGGUUUGUUUUGUUUUGUUACAUCUUUGUCUUUUCAGCCCUUGAUUUCAGAGACUGGUUUUAAAGUCUGUUUGCUUUUAAUCAAUACUUUGUUGACAAUGAGGUACAAAAGUAGAUGUUUUUGUAUUUAAAAAACAAAUAUAUAUAUAUAUAUAUAUGCAUUUAUCUUUGGAUAGACGCUAGAUUAUGUUUAUUUCUAUUGAUUCCAAAGAAUCUAGGGAAGUUAUAAAUCAUGGUCAGACGUGUAGAUAUUUUUGUGGUGAGAUGAACACUGCUUUUUAAAAUCAUUAGCAAUAAUAGAAGAAAACAAAAGUCUAUUUAUUACUAUAGUGCUUUACACUCCUUGUGUCUUAGAUUGAACUUGAAUGUGCUGAUGCCUUAUUGAGAUGUGUAGACAUCGAUGUUGUAUUGCUAUGCACAUGUUUUUGGCUGUUAGCUGAGUCUCCGUCAGUCUUCCAGUUGAAAUGUCUUCCUUGACAAAUAUUAAUCCUUUGUAGAUUUGAUCUUAUUUAUGUAUCUAUGUAAACAGGACUUUAUAUACCUUUAUGUACACAUUCCCCUUUUUAAAAAAAUAUUUAUAAUAAGGCUUUUAAAAGAGCCUAAUGAAAUAAAAGCACCAAAAUAUAAACAUCUCCUUUUUUUGAUAAUUAAAAUGAACAAAAUCAGCGUCGGUGAGAGUUAAUCUUACGCUUUUAUUCAGUGUUAUGAUGUCGAGAUGAUGCACAAUGAUCCAGUAACGAUAGAGAAAGGUCAAGUUUCACCAACACCUGCCUCACCGCCCAGUGCUGAGUGACCCGGCAGUGUGCACCACAUAUAUCACCAAAACAUUCCUCACUGCCAAAACUACUGAAAUACUCCAAAAAAUAUAUAAGUAAAGAAUCUUUUCUACAAUAAAACGUGUAGAAUCUUCGCUCCUGUCAAAAUGAAGGACACAAGCAUCGAAUUCACUCUACAGAUCUGAAUGUUUUUACAUUAUUCUACAAAUAUUUAAUAUGUGAUUGAUUUAUUAAAGAUGAAUCAGUUCCGUUUUCUUUUAUAUUAUACUCUUGUCUGUAGGAAUCAGACGAACAGAGCUGGUGGAAGUUGAUGCUAUUUCAGUACACACAGUAAACAAUCGUCAUACGUGUUGAUUCUUAGUUUUUAUAAUGGUCCAUUCAUUUCCUAAAUUAUUGUUUUGUUUUUUUUGUUUUUACACCACUGCGAUGACAUUUCACAUUCAGUAUGUUGUUUUUAACUCUUUUUUUUUUUCCAUUAUGUGAACAUUUAUAUUGCAACGGAGUAUAAGGAGACCGCUUUGGGAUUUUGUAUGAAAUGCAUGACAUUGUCAAAAACACUGGAAUGACCUCUGUAAACUGAAACGUUUUUUUUUUUUUUUUGUAUCUAAGCAUAAACUAACUAUUGUAUUUUGGGCUUUUCUUUUUCAAAGGCAAACACAAUAUUGUAUGAGAUUGUAUAUUCUUCCUGGUGUGUGGUUGUUGUUGGACGUUUGAGCGACUUGUUUUCAAACGUUCGCUUUUAUUCGCCUUCGUUAACAAAUACCUGCGGCUCGUCGAGAGCCCUGUUACAGCACAGCCUCCAACUAUGCAACAGGCUGAAGUUGUGCCUGUCGAGCAGCGUCACGCCUCCACAACGUGAUCUCCUCGUGAAUUAGUCUAAAACAGUAUCAAAGUGAUGAUCUUUUCUGAAUUAAUUUAAGUGCCUUACAGUCGUUUAUUUUACCCUGAUGAUGCAACUUUGUGUGGAUGUUUGUUUUGUUGUUAGGUGCUUCGCGGACUAAACCGCUGAGUUAUGCCUUAGAGAGCAAUACAGCAUACGACACACAAAAAAAAAAAACACAAGACCAAAGUGUUGAGUAGAAAAUAAACAAGUGGAGCAUUGUGAAAUGAAUCCUCGUAAGAGUAAAGAGAGUAAAAUAUGCAAUUAAACCUCUAAAUUCUUAAGUUAUGACCAUUGAUUACUGCUGAUUGUUAUUUUAUCAUUCUUAUUCCCAUAGCAGCAGCAGCAGUUUUAUUUAUUAAGUAAAGAAAUGUUUAUUUUAAAGUGCCUUUUUUUUCAAAAGUCUGUUUUUAUUUCAUAUCAUAGUGUCAUGAAAGCUUUUGAUCAGGGGAAACGUUGAUAUGAAAAUAAGAAUGAUGAAACAACAUGUCAGAGCAAUGCUUGAAGUUAGAUCAUUUAUUUAAAAAUAUUUUUUUAAACUGCAACAAAAUCAUUUUAAAUGUCCAGACUGAAUUCAAUGAGCAAUUGUUGGAUCGAGUGCUAUUAUACUAAUUCCUGGAUUUGAUAACUGUUGGAUGGAUUAGACAUUUGGCUCAGUCUCAUCACUCACAGGAUUUAUUGUAAAAACAUUAACAAUUGCCACAAGGACAUAAUUUCAAUUAGUCCUUUACUUUAUGAUUAUUUAUUUCACAAUCUCCUCUUAGUUCAAUACAGAAACAUUUGGAGCUCUUUAUAUUUUUGUUUGUGCAUUUUGUGUUUUCCUUGUGAAGGUCAAGCUCUACUCUGAAGAAAGUGUUUUUGUUUUUUUUCAAAGUUGUACUGAAUAUUCAUUUUGAGACUAGUACGAAUGUAGUUCAAGGUGAUAACUGCCAAAAAAUGUGUUGCCAAAAAUCAAAGUUUAUAUAAAAGACAUGAACAGAUAUAAACCGCUGAGCUGAAGCACCUUUGUUUCUGUGUUUCUGCUUCGUAAGUAAAAAAAAAAAGCAAUACAACAUGAUGGCAAUCAAGCAGUGUGAGAGUGGAAGCAAUAAUCUCAACUGGAGAUCCACUUAGUUACUUAUCCCUGAGCUUUCAGGCGUCUUCAUCAAAUGACCUUAAUGUGGAUCUGCAGUCACGUGAUAACAAUGUUAUGUGUCACAUCUGACACAGGCAGCACUGAUGAACCUGAAAGCUCUGGAGACAUGUUGAUUUAUUUAAGUGGCCCUUUACGAUCACACCAGUCCCAGGUACCGAGCCUUAACACUGCAACACACCCAGACCUGUAACUUUGCCCUUUGACUGAACCCAGAUCAGCUCUAUAAUCUAAUGGAAACUGAUAAAUCAUCCAAACCCUGAAAUGUGACUGAACAUCAGCGUGACACACAUAGUGACGGCAGAUUAUUCAAAGCCAUCGCUAUAUGACUGAUUUCUCCAUGAAUAUCCCAACUGUUAAUUAUUAUGAUGGUAAAAACAUUAUGGGUAAACCACUAAUGAAGAACCAUGUUAUCUUAUGUCGGACCUGUGCUUGUUCUCAUCCCUGUGGUUCAUGCAAACACGUUCUCUGCUGAUGAUGCUACUGUUCUUAUUGUUACAGUUUAUAUGAGAUGAAUGUAGCAAUUGUUACUGUUUCAGAUUAGUGAACUCAAACUCGUUGGUACUCGAUGUGGAAACGAUGUCGUGAAAAAUAUUAAAAGUUUUAUUUGAA